ACCAAUAAUAAAUAAAUAAUAACACCUACCUACCUAACAAUCUACACAUCAAAAAGUAGAAAGUCGGCACAUCCACAUCACAAUGGCGGGACCAAUAUCGAAAAAGCGAAAUCACCAAGAUUUCACCUCAAAGUCCAAACAACAGAGACCGAAAAAGAAGCAGAAGAAGGUCACCACCAAGUAUCAUAGCGACUCAGAUGAAGAUACUACCAAUCCCGAGUUUCGACCUGUCAAUUUGCUAGAUUCUGACGAUGAAGAUCUCGACAACAUUGUCAUGGAUGACGUCUCUUCUGGCGCAGACUCAGAUUCCGAUGCAGGAUCAGAUUCUGACCUCGACGCAGCGCGCGCCAAGUUUCCCGUAAAGCAACCCAAGAAGCAACUCCAGAAACCCGCCAAAGACACACCCGCCGACAAGGCCUCAAACCACGGCCAAUCCGAAGAGGAAAAUGAAGACGAUGAAGAAGAAUCAGACUUCGACUCCGAAGACGAGGCCGGCUCGGACGUAGACCCCAACACGAUACCGCUCCGCAAAUCUAAGUCGAAGCGCAACGACCCGGACGCCUUCGCAACCUCGAUGUCUAAGAUCCUGUCGACCAAGCUCUCUACAACGCGGCGCUCCGAUCCCGUGCUCUCGCGCAGCGCCGAGGCGCACCAAGCGGCCAAAGAUGCUGUCGAUAACGCGCUGGAGUCGAAAGCGCGGCGCCACAUGCGGGAGCAGAAGCGGCUGGCGCAGGAGAAGGGGCGCGUCAAGGACGUGGUGAUCGGCACCGUGGACGCGGAGACCGGCGUUGCGGAGACGAGCACGGGCGAGAUCCAGCAGACGGAGAAGCGGCUGCGCAAGGUCGCCCAUCGCGGUGUCAUCAUGCUGUUCCGAGCCGUGAGAGAGGCGCAGGAGCGGGCGGCGGACGCGGAGAAGGACGCGAGGAAGGAUGGGGUGGUCGGUGUGCAGAGGCGCCAGGAGAAGGUUCAUGCGAUGAGUCGGCAGGGGUUCCUGGAUUUGAUUGCGGGUGGUGGAGGGAAGAUGAAGAAGGGCGCCAUUGAAGAGGCGUGAGCUAUCUACGGAGUGAUAAGCUGUCAUCAUGGAAGCUGUCAUUAUAGCGAUAUAAUACAUUUCAUGGCUCGUUCCGUGGUAACCCGAUACAGACUCACAAUCCUAACCUGUCAGUUUUUUUUU